GAUUGAUAAAGGUUUGAUAUAUAUAUAAUGGGACUAUUCAAUGUAUACAUAAUUCCCUGAAGAAAAGGAAAAGAGAACAGUUAAAAAUCGAAAACGCACUUAACAUAGAUGGUUGUGAAAAAUAAUUAUAUGCUUCAUCAAAAAAAGGGAAAUAACAAACCACGACAAUGGAUAUUUGUUACAACAUUUUGGAUGCAUGUUCUCUCGUAGGUCUUGCACCGUGUCCGCCUCCGGACAUCGAGAACAACACGUUUUACAAUCAGUUGGCCCAAAAUAACCUAACCGUGCAGGUUAUGUUACACAUUGCGGUACGCUGUGGUAUAUCAGUUAUACAACCGACCUCUACAGAUCGGAUUCCAUUACUUAUUACAGUGUGCCUGGUGUUUGUACUGAUCGUCAUCAUUACCGUUAUCAUCGAGUUGAGAAAAAGACCAAAUCAUAGAAGUGUUAAGGAACAUGCAGAUGCACUUAAUGGACCAGAAACAGUCAUGAAUGAGCCCUAG